CGGUCAUGGCGGGCCCGGGGCUGAGCGAGCGGGAGCGGGCGGGGUGCCGGGACCUGCUGGAGCUGCUGCACACCGAGGAGCUGCUGGCGCUCACCGACACCGUCACCAACCGCCUGGUGCACCCGGAGAGCCGCCAAGAGGCCAUUCAUGCCAUUCUGGUGUACAGCCAGAAUGUGGAAGAGCUUCUGAGGCGCAGGAAAGUCUACAGAGAAAUCAUCUUUAAGUAUCUGGCAGCGCAGGGAGUUGCAGUGCCUCCUUCCUCAGAGAAACACCUCCUCAUCGAGCAUGUGAAGCAGCUCUGGAGUGGGCAGCUCACAGCACGAGCCUUGGAGCCAGGGCACAGAAAACCUCCUGCACAGAGUCAUGGAAAUGGACAGAAGUCACCACAAGAUGACAUUGGUGGUCUAGGAGGAGAAUUCUGCCAGUGGUACUUUGAACUCUUGAAUUCUCAGCAUCCUUUAAGGAUAAAAUCCGAAGCCACAUGGGGACCACAGCAUUUUUGGGAGGACGCCAAGCUGAAGUUCUGCUACAACACGUUGGAAAAAAAUGUGGAGCAAUAUGUGGGGGCAGACAUGGUGAGCCUGCGCCUGCUGUCCUUGGUUAAGGAAGAAUGUCUCCUCUUCAACCCCAAUCUGCACUCCAAUGGCCUGAAAUGUGCCAUGUCCCCUCAUGGACUGGCGCUGGUGGCAGUGGCUGGUACAGUGCACAGAGACAAUGCUUGUUUGGGUGUCUUUGAGCAAAUCUUUGGGCUCAUCAGCUGCCCCACGAGGAAUAACACCUGGAAAAUAAAAGUGGUGAACCUUAAAAUAGUGGGACAGAACUCUCUGGAGCCUGGGAUGCAAAUUGCAGAACCUUCCAUAAAAUACGAGUCAAACCAGCUGCGAGAGUUCUACGAUGGGAACGAGCUGACUGUGUUUGAGCCUCAGAAGUUCUGAGCAUUUUGCCACAGCUGGGUGAGGGGCUGGGUUGUUGCUGCCUUGCAUUUUCUCUUGUCUGAGUAAGAUUUGCUGGGAGGCAAGCUGAGAUACAGGGUAUUAACACGGGUGAUGCUUGUGGGCACUUUCCAAGAGCUCUCAAAUAUUUCAAGGGUAUUACUUCAGGUUUUGCACGGUCAUUAGAGUGGAGUGUGGUUAUUCAUGGUUACAUUUAAAUAUGGAUUGGCAGCAGUGUGUAAUGAGGGUUCACAAAUUGCAAAUGCUCUUCAGGACACCAGUUUUAACUCUUACCUGAGCUAUAGCAGGAGGUCAUUGCUUUUGGAACUUGGGAGGGCAAGGUGUCUAAAUGGACCUCUGAGUCCCAAGAAGACCAAUGCAAAACCCAGAACAAAACACUGUGAGUGGAGGCAGCUGCUGUGGAUGUUCUAAACGUGGUUUAAUGGGAUGGUGCAGGGGACUUGGCAUUGUCGAAGUCUUUUUGUUAACUUUUUGCAUUAAUUGCUUCCUGUCCUUUUGCCUUACAGUUCCAACUUCGUCAUGGUUACACACAAAUUGUUCUGUCUGUGUCCCCAAGCAGACAAGAUUGAGAUGGUUGCCCAUUUCUAGCACUGACUGUCUUGGAUCAAGAAGUGAAUUUCAAAAUUUGCAGCAACACUGUAUGAACCAAAUGCUCUGACAGUUAUUUUGUAUAUAAUUAUACAAAACAGAGUAUACAGCAGAGUAUACAACAAGAGUAUAGAACUGUUAUAUUAAGAACAGAGUUCUUGAUAUAAUAGUUGUGAGUUUUGUAUGUUUUCUCAAAAUAACUAUUUUGUUUACUCUGAGCUGCUCUAUUACAGGUACUGAAAGUCAGUUUAUUACCACUGGGUGGUUACAAUGAUAGGUCACACUAAGAAAAGUAUCCAAUUACAACUUAAUAACUGAAAUUUUUGCCAGUGUAAAACUUGGGGUUUUUUUUUACUCUAUUUAUUUAUAGGGGAUUAGGGGUGAAAUGAGGUGAAAACUUCUUCUCUUGCAUCUUGUUUGGAUGGUCUGGGAGUUCUGUUUUAAUUUUCUAGCUUCACCAUUUCAAGUUCUGAAACCAUAACCAUUCCUCAUAAUGUAUCAAAACCAAAAGAACUGUUCCCAGGUUUUUCAUGGUAAAGUAUGGCUGGGUGAGUGGAAACAAGAAGUUUCAGAUAUGCACAGAACUGAUUUUUAUGAACUGAUUUUGCUUUCUUCUUAAAGUUUUCUAAAAUAAUUUCUUUCCUAAGCAAAAGUUGAAAUGCUGUGUUGGAAUGUUCUUUGUCAAUAAACAGCUGAGUCAUGGCUUCUUCAGCUACUAAUGCUUAAUAAUUAAAAAAACAACCAAAAUUUAAAAUUCAGAAGAAGAGUUUCCUCAUCCAUGUUGAAAUUUGCUGCCUGGAAUUCCACUAAAUAUUUUGUUGUUUUGAUUUGUAACUGGCAGCAGAGCUGUUCCUUUAGUCAGUGUGUUAAAUAUAAAGUCAUUCCAAUUCUUUAUGCUUGAUAAGUUCAGAGUGCAGAAUACAAGGAGCAGUGUGGAAAAUCAGCUUUUUACUGAGGCUGGUACCUCAUGGACUUGUCCUGACUCCUUCAGUUACACAGAGUGCACAGGAAAAUGUUAAAUUGUCCCAGCCUUGUGACCCCUGUAAAUCCCUGUUCUGUGGCAGUGGAGUGGGUGCUCUGUGAUGUAGUGCUGACCUGUUGUGCAGCUGAUCAGGCUGUUCACAACCUGCCUGUGCUCAUUAGCUGCUGCAUGAUAACUGCUUUCUUCACAGGCUAUCUUGGAUAUUUUUCCAGUUUUUCUGUUGUUUAGGGUAAAUAUCCUUACCGAGGGUUCCAAAUUCAAUUUUCAAAUCUUUGUCACAAGCAGAAUUUUUUAAGAGUAGAAAAACAUUGACUGUGGGGCAAAUGUGAGAAGGUACUUUUAGCUUGACUUUAAGGAAAAAGUUAGGACUUGUUUAAAUGGAGCUGAAAUUGUUUCUGGACUUGUUUGAAUGGAGCUGGACUUGUUUCAGAAAGCUGAAAUAUUUAGAGGAGUGAUUUCAUUCCUCUUUCUAGAUGCUGCUGUUCAGAGCUGAAGUAAUUAAUUGUUGAUUUACCCUUGGAAGAACUGGACAUUUUAGUUGUAUUUAGGAGAUUGAAAAAAAUUAAGUAGAAUUUCUUCAAAACUGUUCUCAUCCAUUUUCCUCUGUUUCCUAUCACUACAAAUAUUUUCAAUAACAGUUUCUUAUGUCCAUCACUACCACUUAAGCUGCAAUGCUAAAUUUGUGCUUUCUAGAUCUCUCUGGUGAAUAAUUUGAUAUAAAGCAAAAUUCUGAUUUGCAGCAAAGCAUGUGGAACUUUCUGAAUAUUAAACAGUGGAAAUCGUG